CUGCAGAGCUCGAGGCUCCAGCAUCCGGCUGACGGCCGCUGCCGAAGUCCAGGACGAGGCUCACUCGCCUGGGAUUUACUGAGUUUCCGGCUCUGGCGGCCCCCGCGAACAUCCAGCGGCGGGAUCCCCGCUAAAAGCCGCAUUUCUCGGCCGCAGUCCGCAGCGUGGAGUCGCAGCGGCGGCGCGCGGACCGGCCUGCUCUCACUUCCGCACUGCCGAACCGCACGUCUGUGGUGUCGCACAUUCCACCGAAAAUCACGGAUUGUCAAGGGGCACGUGCCGCUCAGGGGACCCGCUGUAGGCCGAACUGGAGACCGGACCAAGCCUGUCCGGAACCUCUGUGGCUGAGCGCCCGACCGCUCCUCGCCGCGCGGGAAAGAGCGCGUGAACCUUAUUUGUGCGGUAUUUUGAACGGAGUCUGGUGUGACGCGGCGGACUGAUCGGACCGGGAUCUCCUUGGAAACGGUUAGUGACACCGCGCGCCCCCACCCGCCGCCCCCUCUUCUCUUCAGGGAUGCUCAGUCCUGAGAUCCGCAGCCUGCGCUCCCACUAGCUCCAGCACGGCGCGCACCGGCUCCCGUGAGCAGAUGUAUCCGGGCAGGAUGGCUCUGAACCCGGCCGGCCUGUGGCGCGGCCCGCCGGAGGAGCCGGACGAGCUGGAGCUGCUGGAGGCGCUGGCCUUCACCGAGACCCCCAUCCGCAGGAGCCUGAAGACUGCUGAGGAGAUGGACCAGCUGACUGUGGACGAGGACCUGAACGACAUGGACAGAGCCGUCCAGCUGCUCAGUGGCCAGGAGGUGCAGCGGCUCAGCGUUCUAGGGAACCUUCCCGGUCUGGUCCGCCAGAAUCCGGCAGAGACAUUCCGCCGGGUGGUCCCGAAGGUCCGGGAGGUCCUGAACGGGGGAGGGGCCGAGAUCCAGCUCACCGCCGCCGCCUCGUUCUCCAGCAUCCUGCAGGACGACAUCAUCCUGAUCCACACACACACCUUCUGCAUCCUGAGGACCGUCCUGCUGCAGCUGGGACGCCUGGACGCACACCUGGACGCACAGCUGGACGCACAGCUGGACACACACCUGAGACACCAGGACACAGUGGUGUUCAAUGCGUGGUUGGAGACCCUGCUGUUGGCCAUCAAUGCUUUACCCAAAGAGACCAUCAAACAGGAGGUGCUGAGUCCUCUCCUCUAUCACUCUCAGACGUCUCACUCUCUUCAGUCUCGUCUGGCCAGUUGUCGGAUUUUAGGAAAAGUCGCCUCGAAGUUCGAGUCACACAUGGUGAAGCAGGAGCUCCUCCCAUUGGCUCGUUCUUUGUGUCGCGAUUCGGAGUCGGAGGUUCGAGCUUUAAUGUGUCGUCAGCUGGAGAGUCUGGCCCGGGUGUCGGGGGCGGAGGACGUCCUGGCGGAGCUCCUCCAGGAGGUGGUGCUGCUCUCAGAGACCAGGAGACCAGCGUCCGGCCUGGCGGCCUCUCGACACCCUGGUGGAGCUGCUGGAGCUGCCUGGAGGCAGAUGCGUGGCAGCAUGUUCUGGUUCCUCUGCUGAUGUCGGUCUGUGCACUCCUCCACCCUGGUGGAGGAACGCCCUUCGCUCCGUCACUGUCCUUCGGGUUUGGAAGAUCUGCCCGCGGGCUGGCAGGCUGCCUGUCGGAGGACCAGCGGUUCUGCCUCCUGCA